AUGGACAAAGAGCCAGGAUUUCCGCAAAAUUCUGACGACCCGGAAAUGCCAAAGGAACCAGAAAGCAAGGAAUCGUCAGAGGCAUCUUCAGAAGCACUGGAAAAUUCUGACAACCCAGAAAUGUCAAAGGCACCAGAAAGCAAGGAAUCGUCAAAGGCAUCUUCAGAAGCACUGGAUAAUUCUGACAAUCCGGAGUUGUCAAAGGCACUAGAAAGCAAGGAAUCGUCAGUGGCAUCUUCAGAGGCACCAGAAAACUCGGAAAACCAGGAAACAUUAGGGGGACCAGAAGGCAAAGAACGGCCAGAAGCGCCCAAACAGAAGCGUGUGAGACAACGACCCAAGAAACGUCGUCGUGAUGAUGGAAAGGAACGAAGAAUAGAAAUCAAGAAAGAACGAUUCGAUAAGUUACUUUACCAAGCCAGGAAGGACAUUCACAAACAUGCCAAACAAUGUCGAACAUUUCUGGUCCAAAAGAGUAUCCGAAAAAUCAAGAAACAAGGCGAGAACACAGCUUCCUCAUCACCAUCAACAAAGCUUCAAUCCAUAAAGGAGUUACCUGUCGAAAGUGUCGUGGAGCAAGCAGUGCGACAGCUGGGACUUCUUCACGCAAAUCCAGACCCCGAGGCCAUUUUUACGCCACCUGAACCCUUGUCACCAGAAUUGAAGAAUCAGGUCCACAUGAUUCUGACACAUAGCCGCUUUCAAGCAGUUUUGGAAGAAUGGCAUAAAAAAGUGACAGAGUAUCGCCGCUGGGCCUUGAAUUUUGAUGAGCGCGCAGAAAAUCGGCAGAAUCCCAAAAAAGCAGCCAUUGCAACGACCAUGCGAUCCAAGAAUCAGCCAAUAUCCGUCUUUUGUAGUCUUAACGAGGAUGAGAACGCUGCAGAGGGAAACGAAGUGAGUCCUUAUGGACCAGGAGCGUACAUGGAAGAAGUGCCAAUCAAGAAAAACCGCAAGGGUCAGCGUGCUAGAAGAGCCAAAGCUCGGGCCAUUGAAGCAAAGAAAGAGGGCAAGAAAUACGAAUCAUUGAAUUGGAGAAGUGCCGAAGAAAAGCAUGCGAAGCAACAAAGUAUGGAAGAAGAACAGCCACCGAGGGAAGAGGAGAACAGCCAUCCGUCUUGGGCAGCAAAGCGCAACGAACCUUCUGGUAUUGCAGAGUUCAAGGGAACCAAGGUGAAGUUUGGAGAAGAAUCAUCAGGGAACAACAAGUCAGAGCCAGUUGCCCAGAAUCAUCCAUCCUGGGAAGCGAAAAAGGCGCAAAAGAGUGGUAUUGUUGCCUUCCAAGGAACCAAGAUAACGUUUUAA